UAACAUUUUGCGUCCUGACGUAAGAGGGAGUGACCAAACAAAGGACAGAAAAAGGGGACUCCACAAUGGGAGCAGAUAGUUUUCAAGACCAGCUAGCAGAGGACAGCACCUUCCUCAAGGCUGACCACAGACUGGACACAGAACUAGUGGAUAAACUCAUACUUCAACUUAACCGGAUUUAUCCACAAAUACUCACAGAUAAGGAGGCCUCCAGAUUUCGUAACUUGGAUGUGCCCACCAGUGUUCGACUUGGCGAGCUCUUGACACAUUUGCAGAGUAAAGGAGAGGAGGCCUGUCGAGAGUUUUACAGAGCGCUACACUUGCAUGUGGAAGAAGUAUACUACAGUUUACCAACUCGACUUCGCCUCAGGGAUUCUUUAGAUCCAUUGAGAUACCCUCAAAACCUCCAGCAGAAACAUGUCCUGAAUGAUCAAGGGCCUUCCUUCUUCAUUGGUUGUUUUGGUAUUGUGUUGGGAUUGGCUUUGAUCUAUUACUAUGGAGAAGCUAAACUGACAGGUGGCAGCCGCGCUCUAGGAAUGGCAGCUCUAGGUCUGAAGAAAAAAGCUCAAGAGGUUCUCAUAUGGUACACAGAAGAAACACUCAAGAAAUAAUAUAGUGCUUUAUUACGCACAUUUUUUUUUCUACAUUUACUCCUCACCGUGAAUGUACAAACUGCCAAAGCACACUAUUUUUUAAGCCUUAAAAUAAGUUUGUAACAUUUUCUAAUGUUUCUAAUGUGGGUGGUUGGUAGUUGUAUUAUGAACAUAGUACAUUAAUAACCUAUUCUUGCAAAUGAGAGUGCACUUUAUGUAUACUUUUGAGGCCUUAAUUAUUAAAAGGGAUUAAAAAAAAAAAAAAGCAAAACAAAACAUAUCCACUAUACGUGUGUAUACAAGAAAUAUAACGCAUUUUGCAAAGUUAGGCCUAUAAAGUUUAGCUUUUAAAAGACCAAAGUCGCCCUCUUGUGGUUCUAUAAGUUACUACACCAAACUCGGGAAUUCUGUUUGAUACAGUUCGCCUUUAUAAAUAAGAAUAAAUGAAUAUAAAUGAGCUAAGUCUUCUGACCAGGAACAAAUCUAUGUGCGAACUUUUAAAGUAGUUUGUUAAGCGCUUUCAGGGUUGUUUGCGUUUCAGUUUAUGUGAGCGGAAAAUGGGUCAGCAGCUAAUUUGCAUAAUUUUCUCGCAUUGCAUUAUGGGAUUGUAGCUAAAUAUAUGUUAAAAUGCACGGUACAUUGAUUCCAAUUUUAAAUAUUGAAACCCCGUCCUUUGAUUGGAAAGCUGGCAUCAGGCCUGCUAAUGUGUGGCACCAUGAUCAAGGCGCGUGUGGCCUUUUAUAAAGAGUUCAUCCCGCUCAGCACGUGACGUAUGAAGGGAGAGAAGGUGUGCGCUCCCCUUGAUAAGGAUGGAAACGGCGCCUGAGGCCGGCAUUACUUAUGUUGUUAAAGCAUUGCCACCUGUUUCGUGGCAUUCCAAAACCAAGUAAUUUCCUAAAUAUUAACGCACGAAAGCCAUGCCCUGUGUCACUGAAACUGAAAAGUAAUAACCACUUUUCCAGAAACUCCAGCAGGAUGCAGCUUCUUCCUGAAUAGACUGACAAGUUAGAGACCGUGAUUUCCUUUGCAUGAAUACAAUUUUAUUUUACUGUACUGCAUUCAUAAAAAAUGUAUUUAAUUUAACUUAAUAAUAAAGCCCAUCGCUGUCAGAAAUUACUUUUCAAGUGCUUGUAUUUUGGCAGCUACUCAACUGAAUGGACUAAAACCUGACAAGUAUGAAAUAUCUCCAUGGAUCUGGUCUUGUGUUCUUUAAAACCUUUCAUUGAGAUGUGCAUUGGUCAUUUGUAUCACUGUUUCUAUUAAACAAAUG